GGAAGAAUGACCGGCGCACGCGUGAAGAAGGGAAUGAUGGUGGAUAGGUUGGCAACGCAUCACGCUUGAUGAUAGCUAUCGAUUUCCAACAGUUCACUAGAGCUAAUAGGUCGAACAUCACUCAAAGGUACUUGCUGUUACUAGCACUGUAGCUAGUUCCCGUAGAACGACACCCUGGAACAUAAAAAAAUGCCGAACAUUAAGAUAUUUAGCGGUAGCUCCCAUCGGGAACUGUCUCACAAAAUCGCCGAUCGUCUUGGGAUGGAACUCGGGAAGGUUGUGACCAAGAAAUUCAGCAAUCAAGAAACAUGUGUUGAGAUCGGAGAGAGUGUGCGUGGAGAGGAUGUCUACAUCGUACAGAGCGGAUGUGGGGAGAUCAAUGAUAAUCUGAUGGAGCUGCUGAUUAUGAUCAAUGCGUGUAAAAUCGCCUCGGCCUCCCGAGUCACAGCCGUCAUCCCCUGCUUCCCCUACGCACGGCAGGACAAGAAGGACAAGGUGGGGAGUCGGGCGCCCAUCUCAGCCAAGCUGGUGGCUAACAUGCUGUCUGUGUCUGGGGCUGACCACAUCAUCACUAUGGACCUCCACGCCUCACAGAUCCAGGGUUUCUUCGACAUCCCGGUGGAUAACCUGUAUGCUGAGCCUGCUGUACUGAAGUGGAUCAAGGAGAACAUAGCAGAGUGGAAGACCUGCACCAUCGUCUCUCCAGACGCAGGGGGAGCCAAGAGAGUGACGUCCAUAGCGGACAGACUCAACGUGGACUUUGCUCUGAUUCACAAAGAGAGAAAGAGGGCCAACGAGGUGGAUCGCAUGGUGCUGGUCGGGGACGUCACGGACCGGGUAGCCAUCUUGGUUGAUGACAUGGCAGACACCUGUGGUACUAUCUGUCACGCGGCCGACAAGCUGAUCUCAGCUGGUGCUACCAAGGUGUAUGCCAUCCUGACCCACGGUAUCUUCUCUGGCCCGGCCGUCUCCCGCAUCAACAACGCCUGCUUCGAGGCCGUGGUCGUCACCAACACUAUCCCUCAGGAGGAGAAGAUGAAGACCUGUCCUAAGAUACAGGUGAUUGACAUCUCUAUGAUCCUGGCUGAGGCCAUCCGCAGGACCCACAACGGGGAAUCUGUCUCCUACCUCUUCAGCCACGUCCCCUUGUAACGCCACACACACACACACACACACACUGAGUCACCUGGGGCACCGUUCAGGAGGACACACCACAGAACAUUCAGAUAGAACAGGCAUGGCCAUCUCUCAUGCAGAAUAGGGAAUUUGGGGAACAGAUAUGAUUGUCUUUUAGGUAGAAUAAGGAAUGUGGAGUCGGCUCUUCAUUCCAUUUCUAUGCCCAGUAUUCUGGAAUGUUUCUCAUAAUUGAAUAGAAUCCAUCCCUAGUGUUCUGUUACACCAAACAGAGGAAGAGAGCGAAUGUCCUAUACAAACACCAGGGUUGGGCUCCAUUCCAUUUCAAUACCAGUCAAUUCAAGAAGUACACUGACAUUCCAAUUCUCUUCAAUGCUUUUGAAUUAGGAAAAUGUGGAAUUGGAUUUGGGAUUAGGUUUACUUUCUGAAUCGAUUGAGAUUGAAAUGGAAUUGACACCAACCGGGGGAAACACAACCAUUAUAUUAGCAUCACUCUGCUGCUAAUGCUAACAAACCAUGUAAUAAUUACAAUUAGUAGGAUCAAUGAUUAUUAAUAACGUGUUAAUUUUGAGUCUCUCUCUCUCCCCUAAACAGUGAUAGCAUCCCAAAUGGCACCCUUUUCCUACAUAUUGAGCUUAUUUUGACAAGUGCCAUAUGGGCCCUGGUCAAAAGUAGUGCACUGUAUUGGGAGUAGGGUGCAAUGUCUAUCGGGGGGGGAAGGUAAGCUUUGAUUAUUUAUUUUAAGUGGGUGAACUCAUGCAUGCAUACAUACAUACAUACAUACAUACAUACAUACAUACAUACAUACAUACAGUGGGGCAAAAAAGUAUUUAGUCAGACACCAAUUGUGCAAGUUCUCCCACUUAAAAAGAUGAGAGGCCUGUAAUUUUCAUCAUAGGUACACUUCAACUAUGACAGAAAAAAUCCAGAAAAUCACAUUUGUAGGAUUUUUUUAUGAAUUUAUUUGCAAAUUAUGGUGGAAAAUAAGUAUUUGUUCACCUACAAACAAGCCAGAUUUCUGGCUCUCACAGACCUGUAACUUCUUCUUUGAGAGGCUCCUCUGUCCUCCACUCGUUACCUGUAUUAAUGGCACCUGUUUAAACUUGAUAUCAGUAUAAAAGACACCUGUCCACAACCUCAAACAGUCACACUCCAAACUCCACUAUGGCCAAGACCAAAGAGCACCAGGCUGGGAAGACUGAAUCUGCAAUAGGUAAGCAGUUUGGUUUGAAGAAAUCAACUGUGGGAGCAAUUAUUAGGAAAUGGAAGACAUACAAGACCACUGAUAAUCUCCCUCGAUCUGGGGCUCCACGCAAGAUCUCACCCCGUGGGGUCAAAAUGAUCACAAGAACGGUGAGCAAAAAUCCCAGAACCACACGGGGGGACCUAGUGAAUCACCUGCAGAGAGCUGGGACCAAAGUAACAAAGCCUACCAUGAGUAACACACUACGCCACCAGGUACUCAAAUCCUGCAGUGCCAGACGUGUCCCCCUGCUUAAGCCAGUACAUGUCCAGGCCCGUCUGAAGUUUGCUAGAGAGCAUUUGGAUGAUCCAGAAGAAGAUUGGGAGAAUGUCGUAUGGUCAGAUGAAACCAAAAUAUAACUUUUUGGUAAAAACUCAACUCGUCGUGUUUGGAGGGCAAAGAAUGCUGAGUUGCAUCCAAAGAACACCAUACCUACUGUGAAGCAUGGGGGUGGAAACAUCAUGCUUUGGGGCUGUUUUUCUGCAAAGGGACCAGGACGACUGAUUCGUGUAAAGGAAAGAAUGAAUGUGGCCAUGUAUCGUGAGAUUUUGAGUGAAAACCUCCUUCCAUCAAACAAGGGCAUUGAAGAUGAAACGUGGCUGGGUCUUUCAGCAUGACAAUGAUCCCAAACACACCGCCCGGGCAACGAAGGAGUGGCUUCGUAAGAAGCAUUUCAAGGUCCUGGAGUGGCCUAGCCAGUCUCCAGAUCUCAACCCCUCAGAAAAUCUUUGGAGGGAGUUGAAAGUCCGUGUUGCCCAGCAACAGCCCCAAAACAUCACUGCUCUAGAGGAGAUAUGCAUGGAGGAAUGGGCCAAAAUACCAGCAACAGUGUGUGAAAACCUUGUGAAGACUUACAGAAAACAUUUGACCUCUGUCAUUGCCAACAAAGGGUAUAUAUCAAAGUAUUGAGAAACUUUUGUUAUUGACCAAAUACUUAUUUUCCAUCAUAAUUUGCUAAUAAAUUCAUUAAAAAUCCUACAAUGUUUUGUCUGUCAUAGUUGAAGUGUACUUAUGAUGAAAAUUACAGGCCUCUCUCAUCUUUUUAAGUUGGAGAACUUGCACAAUUGGUGGCUGACUAAAUACUUUUUUGCUCCACUGUACAUGCAUACAUGUCUUUACCUAAUGUGAACAUUCUCCUCCUCCUUCAUAAUACUGCUGUUACAGUACUUCUGCUAUGCUACAAAAAGAGGGUGAGAUAGAUGGUUGGAUGUUGACUGACUUCAGGUCAGUGGAGGCUGCUGAUUGGACAACGACUCAUAAUAAUGGCCAGAACGGUAUCAAACACCUGGAGAACUCGUUGGAUCUAUUUGAUACCAUUCCACCUAUUCCACUCCAGUCAUUACCGCGAGCCCAUCCUCUCCAAUUAAGGUGCCACCAACCUCCUGUGCUUCAGGUAUUUUAUUAUUUUGGUCAUUUCAUUUUAUCAGUUUGAAAGACGAGGUCAUAGUAAGUUAAGUGAAUCAGAAUGAGCUAUAGUUUACAAUGCCACUGAUGUUCCUCUGGGUGAUUCAACAUAGUCUGUAGAGACUUAAGUCUUUAAAAAAAGGAGGCAAUCCAGGAUUGAUGCUUCUAAAUUAAUUAUAUAUAGCCACUGAAUAAUAUAAAGUAUAAAUGCCUCUUACGUGACCUGCAUCUGUAGCUCUGUCUAGGAAUUUGAGUGGGUACACUCCUUCAACCCCAUCCCUCAGCUGCUAAGCUAAACAAGUAGCAGGGUGACUGCCUCUCUUAAGACUAUUGGGAAUCAUUCUUUCAGUGUGGGUGCAGAGGAGGCAGGUUUUGCUCUUCGACGUUGUCGUUUUGAAGUUGUCUAGAAGCUGUUGUUGUUUAGCUGGAGGUCAUAGCUCUGCAGGAUGGAGCUUCCUAGAAAACACAAGUCUUUAUCUGCUAUUUUACAUAUUUACUUCAUUUUUUUUCAAUAACAUUUUGUAUAAUAAACUCUCGAAAAAGUGGUAUCCGUCUGACUUUUAAAGUUUCGUGUAUGUGCUUAUAUUCUGUUUUAGCAUAAGAUGAAUCAGUGCACCAAAUAUGUGAUGGCUGAAUGUGAUCUUAUUAAAGAGAUGGUGAAAAUGAA